AUGAAUCAACCUGUUGAAUAAUAAACGAAUAAGUAAAUAAAAAUUGAAACGAGUGAAUUUAAGGACGAAUAGGAAUUUUAGGCUUUUAUUUAAAGAAUAACAAAAGACACAACUAGGAGGAAGGUAAUUUUUUGUUUUAUUUAAAGAAUUAAGAAACACCUAAUACUUGUGGGAUAGCUAAAGAUAAAUUUAAGAUUUAAACAAUUCAUUAAGAAUAGGACUAUUAAUAAUUUAUUGAAGAAGAAUAUAAAAAAUUUGCAUUACCUUAAGAUUAGAAAUUGGAAGAAUUAAAACUUAAUCAUAUUGAUAAAGAAAUUAAAGGUUCAAAUAAAGAAUAACUUAUGUAUAGUAAAAAAGAAAAAUUUGAUUUUGCAUGUUAGACAGAAAUUGAGAAUAUUCAAGAAUAAAAAACUGAAAAUUUCAAGCAAAUAUAAACAAAAAAUUCACUCAUUUAAAUAAAAGAAUAAAUCGAUAGAAGUAACAACUUUGAAGAUAAAAGAGAUUAAUACUAAUAAAUACUUUCUAGUGGUUAAAUCUAUAAUUCCAGUUAACAAUUAAAAAAUAGUAAAUAAAAUGAAAAUUAAACUACUUAAAAUAUUGGGGAAUAAUUACAAUAGAAUUAAUAGCUAAUUAAAAAAUAAAUAUAAUAAUCAUCUAAUUAAAUAAAUAAAAACUUUAAUACUAGCAAAUAGAAAAAUUUUGAUUAAAUUAUUGAUAAAAAAGGUAAUUUAAAAAUGAAAUUAAAAAGAUUUAAACUAAUACUAUUUGAGGAUGGUAUAAAACAAUAAAGUAAAAAAAAUUAAAGACUUGAAGAAGAUUAUUAAAACUCAUUGGAUAAUGAAAAUAGAAAAUUGUCUAUUUCUGAAUAAAGCUACCCAAUUAUUAAAUAUAAUUAAUAGAUUGGAUUAAAUGAUAAGGAUAUAUUAUUAAAAUCAAAUUUAUUCUUAACAAGUUCAAUUAUUAAUGCUUAUUCAAAUUAUCUUCAAGCUAAGGAUGAACACUAUUAUUUUUCACUUAAUAAGGAUGAAAGAAUUAAGCAUAAACGAUUGUUUAUUUUUAAUUCUGAUUUUUUAACUAAUUGUAAUUUAGAAUUAUAUCAUAAAAAUAAUGAAAAAGCAUUUUAUUUAAUUUUGCAAUAUUUGUAAGACUUUAAAGUAAUUUAGUAUUAAUUUUGGUUAAUUUACUAAAAAAUAGCCUUUAUUGUUAAUUCAAAAAAUAUUCAUUGGUAUUUAGCAGUUAUAGAUUUCAAAGAUGGAUGUUUGAAAAUAUAUGACUCUUUACCUAAACAUCCAAAUUAUUACAAUUCACUAAAUAAUUUAUUGUCAUCAUUAUUUUAAAAACUAUCCUAAUAGUUUGUUUAAUUUGUUAUUUUUGUUUGUCCUACAUGGAAUAAAUAGUAAGAUCACUAUUCAUGUGGCUAUCAUACUUGUAUAGCACUAGAAUAUCUUAGUUAAUAUGUAGCAAAUAGAGAGUGUCGAAGUUUAGAAGAAAUAAAAAAUAUCUUAAAAAAGUUGCUUAUAAAUGAAGAGAAUUAACAUAAUCAAUAGUUAAAUCAAUGA